CGCUCCCCGCCAUCUUUAGAGCGGGCACACGCCGCGCCCGGCGACGCCAUGUCACAUGCUGGCAGCCGUCGUGUCCUGGGAGACGAGGAGAGCCGGAGAAUGGUGCUAGUGGGGAAGACAUUCCGGGGGACACAUUUCCUGUUUCCUAGCAACAAAAGGAAGUGUUAAUGGUGCUGAGAGAUGGUCUAAAUAAUCCCCGGAGUGAUCUCUCCGGCCGGGCCCUACACCCGCAGGCUGGGGCCCCUGACUGGGGGACGGGAGAGCGCCUCGGCCGAGCCUGGGGCCGGCACCUGGGGGCCCCAAGCGCGAGGAGAGGGCCCUGCCCCAUUGUGGCCCAUUCACCCCCUACUGCUGCUGCUGGGUAUCCUACAUCUGUGUUACCCCUGGCUAUGGGCUGCCUGCCCCUCCCCAUCCUAAUCACACACACCCCCCACUGGAGGCUGGACAGAACGCACAUCCUGUGUUGAAGAAGUGGCGUUCACAUUUGUCUGUAUUGCCUGAGAGGUAGGAUGAACCUGGGCCGGGGUGGAACAGAGGUCACUGGGGAAGUCAUUAGACUGCAAUGAACCAGCCGCUGCCCUUGGUAAAUGUUGUUCAUUUCUAGCCGUGAUUGCGGUGAAGAAAUGCUGAGUGUAGGAAGCCGGGUUCUGGACGCGCACACGAGAGAGAGAUACCCGUAAUCUGUGGCGUCACCGCAGCUGGAAGUGAUGCUCAAGCAUUGUCCUAGGAGUGGAGCUUGAUCCCCGUGGGCUGGUGGAAAUUUCAUGGUGUGAAAGACCUCGUGUUCCUCACUAAACAUGGAUGAAGGAGGUUUUGGGGCCCACCAAGUAGAAGGUGCUCCAGGCCGAUCCUUGAAGUGUGACCAGGAAGACAGACCAUAUAAAUGUAAACAGUGUGACAAAAGUUACCGGCAUGCUGGCAGCCUUGUCAACCAUAGGAAGACCCACCAGGUUGGACUCUACACCUGCCUAAUCUGUCAAAAAGAGUACUCUAAUCCAAUGGGAUUGAAAAGCCACCUGCGCACCCACUCGGAGGAGAAGCGUUUCCAGUGUGACCAAUGCGGAGAAGCCUUUCGCAUGUCUCAGCAACUUUACAACCACAGGAAGUCUUUGCAUAGUUUUUGUUCUGUCUCUAAUGGGGAAAACGUUGGCAGAAGCCACAAGCUUGACACACAGCCUCCAGUGCUUGCAGAGAGUAGCAAUUUAAUGAGUAAUUUGGAGAACUACAUUGCUGAAUCCAUGGUGCCGGUGGACUUUUCUCAGCUUGUGUUAAAGCAUUACCCGGAGGAGAAAUCGCAAGACGAGGGUACCGCAGAAGAUUACUCUGAAGGAAGGGCGACUGUUGCAGAGGAGAGAGAAGAGAUGACCCAAAGCAACUCUGAGGAGUAUAGGUAUAAGUGUAACCAGUGCGAGAAAGCCUAUAAACAUGCCGGCAGUCUGGCUAACCACAAACAGAGCCAUAUGGUUGGUGUGUAUCAAUGUGCCAUCUGUUUUAAGGAAUUUUCCAAUCUCAUGGCCAUGAAGAACCACUGCCGUCUCCAUUCAGAUUCCAGAGCCCGAAGACGUUUCAGAUCCUCUGCAAAAGUUGCUGGGAGCCGUGCAAGAAGCACAGAUCUACCACAGACUGACGUGUUGCAGUCGGAUGACUUUUUGGAACAGCACGACGAUCCGCCUGAUCUAUCUGAGGUAUCGGAGAGCAGCAACGUAGAGGAAGAUGCAGAUAAAAUCCCCUUACCUGGCCCAGAACACCAGGUGGCACCUGAACCUGGCUCAUUAAGUCCGCUUUCCAAACCUAAUCCUAAUGCGGAGGAUACGCGCUUCUGUUUAGACUCAUUGCUUCAGAGCUCUGGCAUUGACAAUAUGGUUCAGGUGCAGGAGAAUACAGUGGUCCGUAAUUCUUCCUUCAAACAUGAAGGGGAAUCAGGGCAGUGCCAGGCUCAACAAUUAUCCUAUGACUCUACACUUGAAGAAGAAGCUAACUCGGGAGAUGUGGCAAACAGGCCUUUUAAGUGCCAAGAGUGUGGGAAGACAUACAGGCAUGCGGGGAGCCUCAUAAAUCACAAAAAGACUCACCAAACCGGGGUGUACAGCUGUUCAUUAUGUUCUAAGCAGAUGUUCAAUAUGGCUGCCUUAAAAAACCAUCUUCGUGCUCACUUUAAGUCUAGAGGAGGGAGAAAGCUUGAAGAUGCCUUUUUCCAUUCUGCCAGCUUCUCUGAGUUCUUCCAAAACCCAGAGGACCCUUACCAAUGUGGCAUCUGUGGUGAAAUAUUAACUAAUGAGAGCGAUUAUCUACAGCACCAAGUCCUUCACCAAGAGCAGGGGCUGAAAGAAACCUGUAGUGAGAGUCCAAAUAUGGAAGAGGGUCCUGAAACUGAUGUUUGUUGGCAGGAACAUCCCCAAGCCUCACACGGUAGCAGUGAUGACUCUGCUUAUUCAAGUGGUCCCGGUAUGCCAGAUAUAAUCAAGACAGAGGUGGAACACCUUGCCCUUCAGCAGUGGAGUCCUCUAGCCGUACAACCUGAUGUAAAGACUGAGAGCAGCGGUGCUGGCCUUCAAAGCGCAUCUACAAGUUUUGAUCAGCUUCCACAAGAUCAGAUUGUCUCAAAAGAGGAAAUGUCUUGUGGAUUACAAGAACCAGAGCAAGCACCAGUGGACCGACCCUAUAAAUGUGAGUCUUGCGGAAGGACAUAUCGUCACAAAAGCAGCUUAAUAAAUCAUAAGCUGACACACAAGACAGGAGUAUAUCAAUGCUCUCUCUGCCCAAAGCAAUACACUAAUUUAAUGGCCCUACGAAACCACCACCGAUUCCAUAAUAGAUCAUAUGCAGGGAGAAGGGGGCACUCAUCCAGACGAAGUCACCAUUUUUUUCGUAGCAAACCCAGAUUUUUGCAAACAAAAAGCGUGAACUCGUUGGUAGAAUCUGUGAAACUAAAUGACAAAAUAACCCCUGGGGCGGCCACCCAUAUUGCAGCUUCUGAAACAAUUUUGACCGAGUCACAAACUCAUUGCCGCUGUGGAAAGUCUUUUACCUGCUCAGAAGAUUUUCAUGAACACGGCCAGAGAUGUAGGAAAGCAACGUCUGACUCUUGUGCGGAGCCAGCCACAGACCUCCAAGGUGGGAAUUCAAUGUUUACAAGCCUCCCAGAAGCUGCUGCAAAAACAAAAGUGAUAACAGAACCCCAUGGAAAAGUUUCAGAAACUUCAGAACCUCAUGGAAGACGGGUGUUUGAAUGUGACCUUUGCGAAAAAUCCUAUAGACAUUCAGGAAGCCUAAUCAACCACAAACGUACGCACCAAACUGGUGAUUACAUGUGCCCUUAUUGCUCCAAGCAUGUACAUAACUUGGCUGCCUUAAAAAAUCAUAUAAGAAUUCAUCACAAGGUUAAAAAGAGCCAACAGGAAAACGGGAGUGAUAAUCCUGGGUUUAUUUAUGCUGAUCUUGGCUUCCCCCAUGAUGGCAAGGACUUAUUUGGUUGUGUCAGCUGUGAAGAAACGUUCCAUAGUGAAAGUGAUCUGGUGGCUCACCAAAUGGUCCACAUGGCACUAGAGGGAGAAUUAUGGGACCAUCAGGAUCCAGUAUCAAGCACACCAAAGGUCUAUAAAGAUCCAACUUUAAGAGUUAUUAGGGACUAUGAUUGGGAACGUUCUAGUGUCUCAGAUUUCCAUGGAGAGGACACUAAAGAUCUUGGGUCUCCAGGUGAAGAUAUUAAACCUUUAGAUUACACAUGUGUAGAAUGUGGGGAAGUUUAUGACAGUGUAGAGGACCUGAAUGACCAUAAACAUACCCAUCAGACUGGUAUAUACCAGUGUUCCUUUUGCCCCAAAGAGUACCCCAACCUACUUGCCCUGAGAAGUCAUUUUCAGUCCCACACCAAGCCUCAAGCUCUCAGGAAUAGUGGCAGAGAAACCUUAGAUGGUUCUGAGGAGAAUGAGUUUGUGGAUAAUCCGCCCUCUGUGGAUAACAGCUAUGACUGUGGUCACUGUGGACUGAUCUUCUCAAAUGAAGUAGACUUCCAUCAGCACCAGGUUGCACAUGAAAAACAGGUGAUGGAAGAAACUCUACCUGGGCUCCAAGCUGAGGGACAAGUGUCGGAGCUCUCCUUCCCCAUGCAUUCCUCAGAAAGGGAGUUGUUAAGAAGAAUAAAGAGCGAGAUGGAGGAAGCCGACCCCAGUGAAGCUGCUGAUGCUGGAUCUCUGCUGUCCCAUAUUUGUGGCUUCUGUGGUAAGACUUACGAUGAUCUAGAGAGCUUGCAGGUCCAUAGCUUGAGUCACUGUGCUGAAGUGCCCUCUGCAAGUGGAAAUGUCCCCCCUGAGGCAGAUGCUCAAGAUGAAACCCCCCAGCAAAGUCUGACCGUGAAAGAGGAGGAUAGUUCUGUUGAAACUGCCAAGAAUGGAGAAAGCCCAGAGAGCCGCCCUUAUACUUGUGAGCAGUGUGGAAAGACCUAUCGACAUGGUGGAAGUUUAGUAAACCAUAAAAAGACUCAUUUAGUUGGCAAUUUCCAGUGUGUUGCUUGUUUUAGACAGUAUCCUAACCUUGCAGCUUACAGAAACCACUUGAGACACCACCCAGAUUGUAAGCAGCAGGCAGCGAUGAACAAUCCUCAUGAACUACAAGCUUCAAGUCUAAACAACAGUAUAUACCCCAGUGGGGACAGGAUACAGUGGAACCUUUCUCCCCCUUCCAGUGUUAUUUUAUCUGACCUUGCUGGUCCCCAUGUUAUGUCCAAUUACUUUAAACCAAACAAGAAAUCUGAAUCUAAGGCUAAUUCCACUCUAAAUAAUUCCCCUCCCCAAGUUGAUUGCCAGACUCCCAUAAAACGUAUCAAGAACUCAAGUAGACGGUCUUCUAGGCGAGCUGGUAGAAAGAAAGUAGCGACUGUUCCAACAGCUGCUCCUGGAGGCAUAUCUCCCAGUGGUCCCCUGAAAGUGGCCGAUGGAGAAGACAAAUCACUUAAGAUCUGUGAAUUUUGUGGUCAAAUGUUCUUUGGUGUUAAAGAUAUGGCACUGCAUCUUUCUGGUAAUUGUGCGCGGAGCAGCCACUCAGAAAAAGUAAUGGCUUCUCUACUAGUCGGCAAGAGGACAGAGAGUAAAGGAAUUAUGCUGCCGUCCCUCGCUGGUUUGAUUUUGUCACCUUGUCAAAGUGAGAGUGGGUUUCACCAACGUCCAUUUCGUUGUGAAGUAUGUGGCAGGAGUUAUAGGCAUGCAGGGAGUCUCAUUAACCAUAAGCAGACGCACAAAACUGGGGUUUUCCGCUGUUCAAUUUGCCAGAAACGUUUCUUCAACCUCAUGGCCAUGAAAAACCACAACCGAAUCCACUUUGAACUGAAGAGGCACAAGUGCCUGGACUGUGGCAAAGCUUUUCGGCUGAGAAAGCAAUUGGACACCCACCAAAGAAUACACCGGCAAAGGGCUGCAGCCAGAAAACCAGGAAGGCGCAACCGCAGAAGUAUGAAACAUAAAAAAGUUGCUCAAUGGCAGCAGCAAAAGUCCUCUAUUUUUUCUAAAGACCUUCCAAGCCAAGACCCUUCUUCAGUUCAAGUUAACGGUAUUGGGAAGAAGAGGUCUGUAUCUACGGUGAAAAGGGCAAUGGAUCCUAAUUUCCGUCCUUACCAAUGUGAAGAGUGUGGGAGAUCAUACAGGCAUGCAGGAAGCUUGUUUAACCAUAAGAAAAGUCACAAAAUUGGGCAGUACUGUUGUUCCAUUUGUGACAAAACGUAUUCUAAUCUCAUGGCCAUGAAGAAUCAUCAACGCACUCAUUACGAAGCCAAAAGACAUCACUGCUCCCAAUGUGGAAAGACCUUCAGGUGGAAAAGGCAGCUUUACAGACACCAAGUUGUUCAUGCCCAAGACGGGCCCCAGUCGUCCGAUUCUCAUCUGCCGUCAGAAGCAGGAGAAGCAAUUGUAGUAGAUGAUCACAAGGAAGAAACCUCCACUCUGUCCCAUAAAAGACCCAGAACAACCAGAUACCGCUCAUCCAGUGCUACAAAGAAGACCAACAAAACUAGCGAGCAGUUAUCCUCCUUAAAACCGGUUUGUCUAGCUUGUGGCAUAUUAUUUGCCAGCUAUGAUGAGUUGGAAAGCCACCAGUGUAAUGAAAACAUGUCUGAUAUGUUGGCCUCUGGUAAGGAAGGGACAGAAGACCCUACAUCAUCAGAAGAGGGACGGCCAUAUCAAUGUAAUGUUUGUGGCCGCACCUACCGGCAUGCUGGUAGUUUACUCAAUCACAAAAACACUCAUGAGACAGGGCUUUAUAAGUGCUCCAUAUGCCACAAACAGUUUUUUAACACCAUGGCCAUAAAGAACCAUCUCCGCACUCACACAGCCGAGAAACGCUUCCAAUGCGUGGACUGCGGAAAAGCUUUUCGCUCUUCCCGAGAACUGAUCUGCCACAGUCGAGUCCAUACUGGUGAAAGACCCUUCCAUUGCCCAACUUGCAAUCGCGGGUUUAGCAGUAAGCUGACACUUAGGCAUCAUCAACGUACUCAUAAGCAUUCGACUUCUUGUUCUUCUCAGUCUUCCACACGUGUUCUGCCAAGUGCUAAAGAAACGGAGUGCAGUGAAAAGAACUCAUUGGAAUCGCCGGAGGUGACGCAGAACCCAACCGCCCAAGAAGAACGUAAAUACAAGUGCAACCAAUGCGAUCGCUCUUACCGCCAUGCUGGUAGUCUAUUCAAUCACCAGAAAACCCAUAGGACUGGGGUCUACAAGUGCCCAAAUUGCCUCAAGGAAUUCUUCAACCUGCUUGCCUUUAAGAACCAUCUCCGUAUUCACAAAUAUCCGUGCAAGGACUGCGGGAAAGCUUUUCGCAUCGCUAGCCAUCUGGCUGCGCAUCGUAAACUGCAUGAACAGGAGGAGCCUUUAACCUGCCCGCUCUGCAACAAGCACUUUUCCUGCCGCUCCAGUCUUGACCAGCACCAGUUGACCCAUAAUGGCUCGAGCGGUGAUGUCCUGGAGCCUCAGGCUGUAGCCAAUUUCAUGGUGGAAGUGACAUGAGCUUAGACCGAGAAGUUACAGCUACUUCCCACCACGUUCUCUAGUCAGAAGACUGACCUUUCCACACAUUCACUUUCUUUGUAAACAGCCUCAGCAAGGUGCCAUUAAACCGUUCAACGAUGUCCAGGUGUAGAUUGUAACCCAGUAAUGGACAGACCUGCAGAAUCAUCUUCAGAAACGAAGUGGCACUUUUUUAUUUUUGUUUUUAUUUUAUUUUUAAUCAAAUGUUUCUCCCCCUAGUUACGUUGCCUUUUCAUUUUGUUACAAAGGACAAGGAGGGGUUCUCCUUCCCUUACCACAUGCACUUCUGCGGAAACAUGGUGCUUUAAUGAAACAUUCUGACACCUGCGUGUCGCUCACAGCAACGCGACGUUGCCGAUUUAGCCUCGCCCCAGUGACUAUACUUUAUUUGUACACUUCCUCCUCACCAUUCCAGGGGAAGAUUACAAACUGUUGUGGGACUGUUAUAAGCAAUUUGGGUGGGUUACACGGUAGGGCAGCACAUUUGCUUGAAACGGGUUUACACAUUGCCCUCUACAAGGCUGUUAUGUUCUCAUUUCCUGCUGGGCGGAGCCUGCAGCACUGUGCAGUAGAUGGGUUUAAUAAUUUAUAUUGUACAGGGUUCCGAGAACCUUCAAGCUGACAGUGUAGGGGGGAGGGGAUUAUGCAGAUAAAUUAAUUUGUAAAUGC